AGAAAAAAACAGACACUCACAACAAACAUAGCAUAGCAAAACACUAUUCAACAUUCAUGUUUUUUUUUCUUCCUUUUUUUUUACAUUCUGUAGUUAAUGUUGUUUGUUCUCAUCUUCUGUUUCUUUCUUUGCACUCACUCACUUUUUUGCUCUCUCUCUCUCUCUCUCUCUUCUGUGCUCUUCUGUCACCCACCAUCAUCUCUCUUUAAUUCCCCAUAUGAAACCGUUGAACAUUUUUCAACUUUCACACUAGCUUCCACCACAAAUUCAUGAAGAAUAUGAACCACUUUAUCACAAUCACAAUUCACAAUUCAGAAUACCCUCUUGAGUUUUGAUUCUCUCUCUCUCUCUCUCUCUCUCUCUCUCUCUCUCUCUCUUCAUAUAGAUAGGUGGUUAAGUUUGGAUUGCUGAAUAUUAAAGGGAAGUUCAAUUUUGGUUGUCAAAGAUUGUGAAGGGACUUGAAUUUAAAUGCAUGGAUCGAGGGGACCAAAUGGCGGCAUUAUCCGGUUCUGCAUCAUACUUUAUGCAGAGAGGAUUACCUGGUUCUGGAAACCAACAUGAGUUGCAUAAUUCGCCUGGUAUUCGUCCACUGAAUACCAAUUCAUCGUUUCAAUCAAGCAUUGGUGGUGGUGGUACUAUUGGAUCCACGUUGCCGAUGGAUUCUUCUGGAAUUGGAUCUCAAUGUAUCAAUGUAGGUGCUUCUUCUGGGGGUGCUGCUUCAACCGGUGAACCUGCCAAAAGGAAGCGUGGAAGGCCUAGAAAAUACGGGGCUGAUGGAAGUGUGUCCUUAGCAUUGACUCCAACAACACCAGCAAGCCAUCCUGGAACCGUACCGCAAGUCCAGAAACGCGGUCGAGGGCGCCCUCCAGGGUCCGGGAAAAAACAACAGUUGGCUUCUUUCGGUGGUUUGAUCUCCAGUUCAGCUGGAAAUGGUUUCACUCCUCAUGUCAUCUCAAUUGCAAUUGGAGAAGACAUUGCAACAAAAAUUCUGGCAUUUUCUCAGCAGGGACCUAGAACUAUAUUUGUUAUGUCGGCCAAUGGUGCUGUCUCUACUGUGACACUUUGUCAGGCUUCGACAUCUGGGGGUUCUGUCACAUAUGAGGGGCGUUUUGAGAUACUAAGCCUGACAGGCUCUUACUUGGUUGCUGAUAAUGAUGGCUCGCGUAAUCGAACGGGUUCAUUAAGUGUUUCUCUUGCCAGUCCUGACGGUCGUGUCAUUGGUGGAGGCGUCGGUGGAUUGCUCAUUGCUGCAAGUCCUGUUCAGGUGAUAAUUGGGAGCUUUAUGUGGGGUGGACCAAAAACCAAGAACAAGAAGAAUGAAGAUUCAGAAGAUCAAGAAGUUGGUGUAGAGGAAAAUCAUCAUCAUGGAGUUCAUAAUCCAGCUGCAAUGAAUAGCAUGUCACCAAAUCAAAAUCUGACUCCAACAUCUCUCAAUUCUUGGCCUGCAUCGCGUCCAUUGGAUAUGCGUAAUUCUCAUAUCGACAUUGAUUUAAUGCGUGGGUGACAAUUUAUUUAUUUAUUAGCAUACACCAGUAUUGGAUAUACAUGUUUAAGAUUCAUGGUCACUCAUCUAAUUUUCGCCUAGUAAUGACUCAAUGUGAAGUUCAAACUAUAGAGUAGAAUUCUUUCUUGACUUUUGGAAUUUGAUUAAUGUCAGCUAUGGUUGAUUGACUUUAGAGGUUGUACUCAUAUUUUUGUAGAUGUGAGGAAUUUUAAUUUUAAGAUUUUGCCUUUUGUGGUUCAA